ACGCUAGGCGGGGGCGGCGUGGAUCGGUGCAUUUUAUAAUUUAGGGUGCGGCGCGGCGCUGGUGGUUAACAAUUCCAGACUUACCACUAGCGCUGGCGGCACUUCUUCGAGGUACUACUGCUGUCGACGUCUUCAAGACUUUACGGCACAUGGCCUGUGCGCCUCUGCCGCCUCAACAUGUCGUUGACAGUGGUCGUGUCGAAUGCAACAAACUUACCAAAUAUUGAAAAAUUCGGCAAAAUCGACCCGCUUGCCAUCGUUAAAUUUCAAGGGUCCAAGAAAGAGACAAAGCACAUCAAUGAUGAGCUAAAUCCAACUUGGAAUGAGACAUUUACCUGGGAUCUUGGUGGCAAACCACUCACAUCAGCAGAUUCCUUAGAAGUGGAAGUGAAGGAUCAUGAGAAAAUCGGACGUAAUAGGUUACUAGGAUCGGCAACUGUUCCCUUGCGUGACCUACUUCAAUCAAAGAGUCACUCUCUCAGCAACACCCUCAAACUGUUGGAUGGAAAUAAACGACCAACAACGGGAGAAAUUUCAAUACAAAUAAAGUACGCACCACCCCCAGGAUCCGAAGGGGCUACCAAAGGAGGUGGUAGCGGAGGUGGAGGGGGACAGACUACAGGAACAGCUGCUGAUGGUGAUGCAGAUGAAGGUGAUGCAGAUGAGGAUGAAGGAGAUGAUGGUGAUGAAGGUGGUGAAGGGGAUGGUGGUGAUGAGGAUGGUGGAGGAGGGGGCGGAGGAGGUGCUGCUGCAAUUGCCGGUAUGCGCAAGAGAAAAAAGCGCAGAGGCAAGCUGUCCAAGAAACCUCAAGAUUUCCAGGUUCGAGUCAAAGUUUGGGAGGCACGUCAACUAGCAGGGGGCAACAUUCACCCUGUGCUUAAAGUAACUGUUUCAAACCAGACAAAGAUGACUAGAGUGAAGAAGUCUACCAACAGGCCUUACUGGGACGAGGUAUUUUUCUUCAACUUUCAUGCCAGCCCAGCUGAACUCUUUGAUGAGGUUAUAAACUUUCAGGUGUUCAAUUCGCGGAAACUUCGUAGUGAUGCCUUCAUUGGAAAUUUUGAGCUGGACAUUGGGACAGUGUAUGAGGCUGAUAAUCACUCCAUUAUGAACAAGUGGCUGCUGUUGUCUAAUGCUGAAGAUGCUAAUGCCGGAGCUAAGGGCUACGUACUUGUCUCAAUGGGUGUACUUGCACAGGGGGAUGAAGCCUCGGUUUUCAAAAAGUGUGACGACUCUGAUGACAUAGAAACCAAUUUACUUCGCCCAGCUGGCAUGCAGUUGAGGAAAGGCAUGUUCAUUGUCAAAGUGUACAAUGCUGAAGACAUCCCACAAAUGGAUGCUGGAUUGUUUGAGGGUAUCAAGAACAUACUAGGAUCUGGAAGUGGCAAAAAGGAGCUUGUGGACCCAUACUUGAUUGCGUCCUUCGCUGGAAAGAAGGUCAAGACUGAUGUGAAGUACACCAAUGAUCAUCCAGAUUGGAACCAGGAGCUCAGAGUACCAAUCCGGUUUCCAUCAAUGUGCGAGAAACUGAAGUUGCAAAUGAGAGAUUGGGAUCGUGUGUCCAAUGAUGACUACAUUGGAACAGCUUUUGUUGAUAUCUCAUCAGUCUCAUCACCUGGAGAGGAGGAGGAAGAAGUUGCAGAGGAAGGACGCAGUACACCAGCUCUGAAAGGUUUCCUCCCCACUUUUGGUCCGUGUUUUGUCAACUUUUAUGGAUCAACCAGAGAGUUCUCGGAGCUUCCUGACCAGUAUGAAGAUUUGAACAUGGGCAAGGGAGAAGGUGUGGCAUAUCGUGGUCGUGUGCUGCUGAGCUUGGAGACCAAAUUAGGUGAACAUCCUGAAGUGCAAGCUGAGGAGCUCAGCCACCAAGAUGUCCUACGUGUGCAGAAAUACCUCCGCCGUCGCAAAUACAUCCUGUAUGCCUGCUUCAUUGAUGCCACUAUGGUCAGUGAAAGUGAUGAUCCUGUGGAAUUCGAGGUCAGCAUUGGUAACUACGGAAACAAAUUGGAUGAGAAUUGUGAACCACAGGCAUCAACAACACAGCCAACCAACGCAGUGUAUGAUGGCUGCAAGUAUUACUUCUUGCCAUGGGUGGAGAAUAAGCCUCUUGUUGUCAUCAACUCUGAUUGGGAAGAUGUCAGUUUUAGACUGAACUCGCUCAACCUGCUACUGCGCAAAGUGGAACGUCUGAGUUCCAACAUAGAGAAGGUUCAAAUGAGUUUGAAGGCUGGAGCCCCACCUGCUGAGGUAGCCGCUCAGCUGAUAGGAACGAUAGACCAGCUAGUUGCUGAUUGCAGGGAGCCACUUCCAGCUAUUGAUCCCACCAAGGACAAGGCCAACAUUUUAGACCAGCGUCGCUUUGACACACGCACUGCUUGUCUUGCUACUAUCGUGGAGGAAGCUACCAAGCUAAGAGAAAAUGCCACUGAUGUCAGUGAAGCCAUGGAAGAAAUACAGGGCUAUCUGCACAUAUUGCAGGAGUUGGCUGUUGAGCCUCAAAACAGCAUGCCUGAUGUGAUAGUGUGGAUGAUAAGUGGCAGUAAACGUAUUGCCUUCCAUCGUAUCCCUUCCUAUGAUCUGCUGUUUUCCAGUCUUCACCCUGAUGCUUGUGGAAAACUCUGUGGCAAGCUUAACAGCAUCUUUCUUAAGACACCAGAAACUCCAGAAUCUCCACCAAGACCAUCUGAGCAGGUUCCAUCCAUGUUUGCUGGAAAGAGUUCAAUGAACAUUGGAGCGAAGAAGAUCCCAGCUAUGUUGCGAAUGAAGCUGUGGCUAGGCCUUGAGGCAGACUCUGAGAACUUCCAGAAAGGACUAACAGAUUCCUCUGUUGCGGUCUUUGCUGAAACAUAUGAGAAUCAAAUGAGCAUUUUGGGCAACUGGACCAGCAAGGCUUUGCCAAGACCCAAGUUCUCAGAUUCAACAGGAAAGAUCAAGCUGAAAAAAGAGAGUUUCAGCCCUCCAGAAGGAUGGCGAUGGGAGGGAGACUGGCACGUCAGCCCAGAACUGAGCCUGUUGUAUGACGCUGAUGCUGGAAUGACCAAGUUCCUGGAAGAUGUGUAUGAGCAUGAAUCCAGAAACAUACCUGGUGGUUACUGGGGAUCUUCUAGCGUGCCCUUCACUAAUGUGAAAGGAGAUGCUUGUACUGCCCGUGAGGAGAUACAGCCACCAGAGGGAUGGGAAUGGGAAGAAGUCUGGCAGUUAGAUAUCAACAGAGCAGUAGAUGAAGAAGGCUUUGAAUACUGUGUGGAGGCAACUGUUGGGGGCUGGGGAGCAGUGGAGAAGACGUACCAUCUCUGCCGUCGUCGACGCUGGGUCAGACCACGUAUCCUUGUAGCUGAUCCCAAGGCACUUGAAAAAAAGAAAAAGAAGGAUCUUGGAGAGGGUUGGGAGUUUGCACCGCUGUUCAACAUGAAGUUCCAUGCUACAGAGCGCAAGAUGGACUUGGUACGCCGUCGGAGAUGGCAUCGUAAGAUGGUAGCAGAAUCUCCCAAAGCAAAAGCUGUCUUCUCAAUGGGCAAGGAUGAUGAAAGUGGUGACGAAGAAAGCAAAGCCAGCCUAUCAGUACCGAGAAUGUUCCUCAACUUUCACAUGGCCAACAAGUACCAGCUACGGGCAUAUAUCUACCAAGCAAGGGACCUCAUUGCUGCUGAUUCAGAUAGCUUCUCAGAUCCAUUUGCCUAUGUGAGUUUCUUGAACCGAAGCCAGAAGACUGAACUGAAAAAGAAGACGCUUUGCCCAACCUGGGAUCAGACGCUCAUUUUUGAUGAGAUAGAGAUACCGGGUGACCCUACAAUAAUUGCUGCUAACCCACCUGACAUCGUUGUUGAAGUUUUUGAUGACGACACAUUUGGAAGUGAUGAGUUCAUGGGACGUGUGGUGAUGAAGCCUGUGGUGAAGCUAGACAGUGCUGAUCAACGUGUAGCCAGGUUGGCAUGGUAUACCUUGUGCAAGGGUGAAGGACAUGCUGGAGAGUUACUAGCGUCAUUUGAACUCUUCUUGAUGUCUGAGACUUCUGACCUGCCGUUCAUGCCACCAAUGCGAGGAGACUUAUUUCUGGUUCCCAAUGGCAUUCGUCCUGUAAUGCAGAGGACUGGUGUAGAAUUUCUCUGCUGGGGUGUGCGUAACAUGAAGAAGUUCCAGCUGUCAGCAGUUACAUCACCGUGCAUCGAGUUUGAAGUGGGGGGAAAAAUCAUCUCCUCCAAAGUCAUCAAAAAUACCAAGAAGAACCCAAACUUUGACUCUCCACUCCUCUUCUUGGAAGUAGACUUGCCUAAGGAAGAGCUGUACACACCACCAAUCAACUUGAAGGUUCGUGAUCACCGUGCCUUUGGUCGUAAACCCAUUGUAGGGGUUUCUGUCAUCAAGAAUCUGUCAGAAUACCGUGUAACGCCUACUGUAGAACCAACCAAUGGCACUCCACCAUCUCUAGAAAAGCCUACUGGAAAUGGAGUUUCAGAAGUUCCAUCCUCUGAAUUGGAUGCAUCAACAACAACUGAUGGUGCACAGGAAGAUACAGGUCUUCUCCAAGGAAAAGAAGUACUCUUUGGAGACAGUGAUGAAAUGGAACCUGAGGUAGUGGCCACAUUGAUGGGGGAGCUAUUAAGUGAAAGUGUCAACAGAAUAGCUGAAAGUGCCCACAGCCAAAGCCAAAGUGGAGAUGAGGUAGCUCCAGGCACUAAGGGUCCAGGACAGACUGGUAGUGGUACACCAGGUGGGGGCAGCACAGUCAGCAGUACAGGUGCAGGGGAGGCUGAUCAUGUUGUUAUUAUGCCAGAGGAAGAACCACCUGCUGAGACUGAGCCAGCAACAGAUCAACCACUCAAAACAGUCAAGAAGAAGUUCAAGCGAAUGGUUGCAUUUGGUAUAAAGCAUAUCAAGUACAUCCAGCUAGCUUCCUCUGAUAUGGACAUGCCAUUUAUUCCGGAGGUGAAUGAAGAUGAGAUAGACUGGUGGUCUAAGUACUAUGCAUCUGUUGGUGAAGUGGAGAAAUGUGGUGACUACCUAGAGCGAGGAUACGACACACUGGAAAUAUUUCCUGGCCCAUUGGAGAAUGUGGAGCCGUACAGUGGAUUCAGUGAUUUCUGCAACACCUAUGAGCUAAGCCGUGGUAAAAGCAGUGAUAAAGAUGAUGAAGAAUCCAGUAAUGUGGGAGAAUUCAAAGGAUUAUUCCGUAUCUAUCCUCUGCCUGGAGACCCUAAGGCACCACUACCACCUAAGGUAUUUAAGCAUCUACCACCAAGCAGCCCUGUGGAAUGUGUGAUACGUCUGUAUGCCAUCAAGGCUAUUGAUCUUCAACCACAGGACCCCAGUGGAUUGUCCGAUCCAUAUUUGAAAGUGCAGUUGGGCAAGAAGAAGAUCAGUGAAGACGAUGACUACAUCCCGAACACUCUUAAUCCAGUGUUUGGAAAGAUGUUUGAGAUCAAGACAUUUUUGCCAGUUUACAAGGACCUGACUGUGUCUGUAUGGGAUCAUGAUCUCUUGAGCAAGGAUGACAUCAUUGGAGAGACAGUGAUUGACUUGGAGAAUCGCUUUUUGACCAAGUACCGUGCCAGCUGUGGCCUACCGCAGUCAUAUUCUGUGAGUGGACCAAACAAAUGGCGUGACACACAGAAGCCCAUGGAAAUCCUAGAUGAUUACUGCAAGAAAAACAACAUUCCAGGACCCUUCUAUUAUGGCGCUACAAAAGUCAGUGUUGAUGGAAAGAUGUACAAUCUUGCUGACUUUGAGCUUAACAAAAUCCACACUGAUCAUGAAGGGCCUGCAGAUGAACGCCUAGCUUUGUAUGUUCUACGUGCCCAGGGAUUGGUCAAGGAACAUCUUGAGACAAGACCUCUCUAUAGCCCACUUCUGCCUGGCAUCGAGCAAGGCAAACUGCAAAUGUGGGUUGAUAUCUUUCCAUUGAAUCUUGGUCCACCAGGUGAACCAAGGGACAUCAUGCCACGCCAGCCAAAGAAGUACGUCCUGCGGUGUGUAAUAUGGAAUACCAAGGAUGUCAUCCUUGAUGAAACCUCCAUCACAGGAGAAAAGAUGAGUGAUAUCUACGUUAAGGGAUGGAUGGCUGGUCAGGAUGAGAAGCAGCAAACUGAUGUUCACUACCGUUCACUCAAUGGUGAAGGCAACUUCAAUUGGCGUUUUGUCUACCCAUUCGAAUACAUUCCUCCGGAACAAGUCAUGGUCAUUAAAAAGAAGGAACACUUCUGGAGUCUGGAUAAGACAGAGACCCAUGUACCACCAAGCCUGAUACUUCAAGUAUGGGACAAUGACAAAUUCUCUGCUGAUGACUUCCUUGGUACCUUGGAGCUGAAUCUCAAUAACAUGCCAGCACCCAGGAAGAAAUCUCGUCAAUCUGGCUUGAAGCAGCUACCUGACAACAAGGAAGGCAAGGAGGUAGCAAUGGUGUCACUCUUUGAACAGAAGCGUGUAAAUGGUUGGUGGCCAUGCAUCAGUGAAGAGACUGGGGAGCGCCAACUCACAGGCAAAUUGGAACUUGAACUGGAAAUAGUCACUGAGCAAGAAGCUGAAGAGAGACCUGCAGCACCUGCAAGAGAUGAUCCCAAUGCAAACCCUACACUGGAUCCACCAAAGCGGCCAGAGACAUCAUUCUUGUGGUUCACAUCACCUUGGAAAACCCUGAAGUUCAUCAUCUGGCACAACUACAAAUGGUACAUCAUUGGCUUCCUGCUGGCUAUUAUACUGAUAGCAUUUGUGGUCCUCUUCAUCUACAGUGUUCCUGGAGUCUCAGUCCAGAAGAUAUUUGGUGCAAAGUAGUAUGCCCAGAGUGUAAUGCUGGAUUGGGUGUCAAGGUAUUGUCCAGUUUGUAAAAAAAAAAAGAAGAAAUUAAUCAAGUACAAUUCCAGUCAUAUUUUGAGCUUCAACAAAAUAUAAACCACAUUAUCAUUGUUUUUGAUCAUGAUGAAUGGGAUAAUUUUUUUUAGAAAAGGUAGAUCUGAAGUAUGUAUCCAUUCUGAUGACAUGCAUGCAAGGUCAUUUAAUUUGAAACAGAAAAUAAAACGGUUCAGAAAAAAUGAUGUAUUAAGAAGCAUUUAAUGACCUAGAAGGCGCAUAAUCCUGGAUGACUACAGCGUAAAUGCAAUUAAUUGAAUUUGACCAAUAUUAGGAAAUGUACAUGUAAUUUGCAGCAAGUAUAACAAAACAUAGUCAAAGGAAUGUAACUUAAGAACAACAGCUGGAAGACAAAAGUAUGAAGUUGUUGUAUUAUUUUGGGAGAAGGGUUUCUUUUAGAGGAUUGUUGAGAGUAAGUCAGCCAUUAAUUUGUAGUAGUCUUCCAGAAAGAGUAUAUUUUCUUAGUGUUAUUGAUUGUGGUAUUUCUACUUUUGAUAAUACUUUGGCGUAGAAUAGAUAGGUAACUAUAUAGCUUGAGGGAUGUUCGGUAAUGGUGAUACACUGUGAUUUGGAUUUAUUAAAGUAUACUUUGAUCGAAUCUGAAAAAGUUUGAUUUCAUUUUGUUUAAAAUAAUUCUCCCUUGACAGGCAGUGUUUGGUCAGGUUCAUUUUUAUGUGAGAACAGGUGCACAUCUGAGGUUCAUGAGUUUGCAAAGUGGAAAAGAAACAUUUGAAAAUGAAUUAGUCAGUCAAGAACAUUAGAUUUAUUCCAUUUAUUCAGGUGCGAGUUGAUUUCGCAGUACAGUGCUUCCAGAUUUACAUGGAUAAAUCUAGUUAUUUUUGUAGAUUGAUAUUAGUUGAGAAAUAAGACUUUAAAUCAAAUCUUGUGUGCCUUUGUAGAAGAAAAAGAAGUGUAUUAGUCAGCAGACGUACAUAGAGCAUAAUUGUAGAUUUCAUAAUAUUUGUUGUAUUAAUCAAGUAUAUGAAAAUGCUUGCUAACAAUCAUGCAACAUUUGGAUUGGAUAAAUGAAUUAUCAUAAUUUUGUCACUGUAAUGAAACUAUUCUUUAAUGCAUGUACUUCGACCAAUAUAAAAUUCUAUUGUCUAAUUUCGUUUUGAUGUAGAAAAUUCUAUUAUCCAAUUUCGUUUUGAUGUAGAAAAUACUAUUGUCACAUGCACAGAUGGAAUAUAUAUGAGCUCUACCCGCAGACCUUGCACAUUUUUAGAAGCUGUCCAGAGCCAAGGGUGUAACAUUUCUUCCCUUCAAUGUCGUCCAUUUUCGGUCUUCUUGGCCAUUUUCGUGUAGAAACAAAAACAAAAGGAUAGGUUUCACUAAUUCAUUCAAAUUUUGAUCUUAUUUACUUCAUAAGAGGAGAUUUUGUUGGUUUUUUUUUAAUUCAUCAAUGAUUUUACAGCAAUUAUUCAAUUCUUAGUUCAUGUUUUGUGUUUGAUGCUUGAGACGGGAUGAUGCCUCAUGCAUUAAUUGAAGUGUUUACAUUCUGGUUAGGUGCAGUGACUCACUUUAAAUGAAACCCGUGGCUGUUUGCUUAUAAGCUGUGAUCGUAUUGGGACAUUAGGUUUUAAUUAACUGUCUGAACAUUUAGGCAAAUGAGAAUUUUUUGCAUUCGAAUGUAUUUUCUUUUUCCUUAUGGUUUGUUGCAAAUUCUGGGGCAUCUUUCACUAACAUAAGUAUUGGAUCCUCUAAAAAAAAUCUAUAUCGUGGCAUAAAUGAAAGUUUCAAGAUGAGUUACAUUCAUGUUUACUGAUUCUGCAUAAUUGUUCUUUGUGACUUGGCCUUUGUCAAGCAGAAUAUGCACAUGUAAACUUAAUUAUGAAGUAAUUGAUUCUGUAGUAUCUAUGCUUGAAUACAUUAGUUUCCUGAAGUAAGUUGAAAAGUAGUUGUUGGCUUUAAUAAUGGAUGUGAGUAAAUCUGAACUGAGAUGACCAAGUAAAAGAAAGACCAUUAUUAAAAUCAGCCAGAAAUCAUAGUUGAUGACAUUAAAUGUCGCAUGUAGAGCUUUGAUUACUAAUCAAUUGCUUAAUUUUUCCUCUCGAGAUUAAUAAAUGUGCUGUUUGAUUUUGUUUUUGUAGUAUUUCAGCGAUCAUGAAUAAAGGUAAAUGGGAUGAAUGUCUUGA